AUGAUCUGGAGUGUGAGAAAUAUGGCCCAUGUGGACUUUGAGGCUUUAAGAGGUACUCAGACGGUCUACAAGCCGGGAAAGAAUGAUUCCCAGUUCCACAAAAGUUUGAGACAGACUCAACUUGAUAGGAACUGGGAAAAUCUAAAUUACAAGAUUGACAAGAGAGAGGUGAUCUACACCAGGAACCAGUUUACCGUGGCUGCAAUCAUCACUAAGCAUUUCAUCACUCAAGCAAUGAGAGAUAAGUUAAGCAAUGAAACUGAUUGGUUGGACCUCAAGGAAGACCAUGUGACGCUGUUGAAGCGUAUGAAGACAUUCAUGACCAUCACAGAUGAGACCAAGUGGCAACACUUUGGACUCAUGGAAUCUCUCAGGAGUCUUGCAAACUGCACUCAGAAGCAAAAUGAGUCUGUGAAUGAUUACAGAAGGCGGUUUGAAGCUCAAGCUGACCAAGUAUUCGAAAUCCUUGGCAACAUGCAUGUCUAUGCAACCAAGACAAUGGGGUACCUAGAUCUGUACAAUCCGGAGGACGAUCCGGACGGCACCAAGGCAGUCCAAGAAACGGUCAAGAAAGAAGUUCUGGAAACAAUUAAAGCAAGUGCGUUCUUUUACAACUGCGACAGGUCUCGCUUUCAAAGCAUGUUGGACAAGGCAAACCAGACCUAUGCCAUUCGGAUGCCGCGUCUAGCGUUACAGAAGAAAACAGUCUCCACUGAAGAUAGAGGAGAGAUGCUAAUGAAGAAAUGGCAAACACAAUUAGAAGCUAACAGUGAUUUCAAGGACGAUGACCGCAUGGUCAGCAAUGGAAGUGUGAACAUGCAGAUCUACAAGUCGACCUCGAAAAUGGAUUCAUUGAAGCACUGUUUUCAAUGGACCAAAGAUAACAAGAAACGUUUCAAGUCCAAUGGAAGUAAACACUGGGAUAUCAAUCUUGGUAUGCAUCUUGAUUCUGGAUCUACGCUCAGCCUACGAAUGAACGAAGAUUAUGCCAAACCAGGCGCUGUGUCUGACCUGGAUUACAUGUUCAACUGA